AUGGCAAGGGGACAGCCUCGGCGGAGCGAGGAGCCAAGGACUUCGUUGCAGAACAGAACAGAGUGCAAAGGACAAAUAAAACUUACAGAGUGUGGAAAGAUUACCCUAGGCAUCUUACUGGCCGUGGUUGCUGCAGUAGUAAUUGGACUCAUUGCCUAUUUUGUCGCCUGUGGAAAGGCACCUUUCUACUACCAUGUCAGCUUUAAGGUUAACAACAUUGACUAUGACAGCAAAUUUGCAAAACCAUAUUCUGAGGAAUACAUGGACCUCAAUAAAAAGGUCGUUUCUUUGAUGAAUGAAACAUUUCAUGAAUCAAAACUGAGGAAACAUUACGUCAAAUCUCACACAGUCCAAGUAAGCAAAGCCAAUGGAAAGGUGGUGCUACAUGUUGUGCUGAAAUUUAAAGCUUGUUAUGAGAAUAAUGUAGAAAAAUUCUGGAACAGCAUUGAGACCACUUUGUAUCAGAAGCUCAAAGGCCAAACUGGAUUACUUAUAGAUCCUUCUACAUUUAAAUUUUCAGACAUUUCAAUGCCAAUAGCAGAAGAUCUUCUCAACACAUGUUGUGGACGACGCACAAUUACUCCCGGAGGCCACAAAGUAGCAGGGGGCCAGGAUGCUGAUGAAGGAGAAUGGCCCUGGCAAGCUAGCCUUCAACAAAACAGUGUCCACAGAUGUGGGGCCACUCUGAUUAGUAACAACUGGCUCAUCACUGCCGCUCACUGCUUUGUAAGGGAUACAAAUCCCAAAAACUGGAAAGUUAGUUUUGGGCUUCUUUUAAAUAAACCACAAAUACAACGAACUGUCAAGAAUAUUAUAAUCCACGAGAACUACAGCUACCCUGCACAUGAUAAUGACAUAGCUGUUGUGCGCAUGUCUUCACCAGUAUUGUAUGAAAGCAACAUCAGAAGGGCUUGCCUACCAGAAGCAACUCAGCAGUUCCCACCUAACUCAGACGUGGUGGUCACCGGAUGGGGAACGUUAAAGUCUGAUGGAGAAAGCCCUAACAUACUCCAGAAAGGAAGGGUGAAGGUUAUAGACAACGAGACCUGCAACAGUGGAAAGGCGUAUGGUGGUGUGAUUAAACCUGGGAUGUUGUGUGCUGGGUUCCUGGAGGGCCGUGUGGACGCCUGCCAGGGUGAUUCCGGCGGGCCAUUGGUUAGUGAAGAUGCUAAGGGUAUCUGGUUUGUUGCUGGUAUUGUAAGCUGGGGAGAUGAAUGUGCACUUCCAAACAAGCCUGGUGUCUACACUCGGGUGACAUACUAUCGAGACUGGAUCGCAUCCAAAACUGGUCUCUAG